AUGUUUAGUCCAUUGACUUAUUCGUAUGUAGUGGAUGAUGAGUAUGAUACACUCCCGCCGUUACCACCCCAAAUGAAAGCACCACCAAAAAAAGCAGCACAUAUACUUGAUAUACCAACUGGUAAUAGUCCAUGGAAUGCUGUUUUAAAACAAGCCGAAAUACGGCGACGUAAACGUCGACAAACAACACCUGAACAUCCACGUCGAGCUUUAUUUUGUUUGACACUUGAUAAUAAAUUGCGUCGAACGUGUAUUAAAUUAGUUGAAUGGAAACCUUUCGAAUAUCUAGUAUUGUUUACAAUUUUUUGUAAUUGUGCAGCAUUAGCUCUUAGUAAACCAUUACCAAAUAAUGAUACAACACCAACAAAUUCUAUUUUGAUGUUUGGUAAAAUAGCUUUGGAUGAAGCGACAUCAAUAAAUGAAAAUAAUAAUUUUCAAACAUUUUUCCAUUCAUUACUUGUACUUUUUCGUUCCGCAACAGGAGAAGCUUGGCAAGAAAUUAUGUAUGAUUGUGGACCAAAUGGAGGUGCGAAAUGUGAUAAUCGGUCACGAUCGAAAAACGAUGAAAGUUGUGCAAGUUCUUUUGCAAUUCCAUAUUUCUUAUCGUUCUACAUACUUUGUUCAUUUUUAAUUAUCAACUUAUUCGUCGCUGUUAUUAUGGAUAAUUUUGAUUAUUUAACUCGUGAUUGGUCUAUUCUGGGACCUCAUCACCUGGAUGAAUUUGUUCGUCUAUGGUCAGAAUAUGAUCCAGAAGCCAAAGGACGUAUAAAACAUCUUGAAGUAGUUAUUCUACUUCGAAGUAUCACGCCACCGUUAGGGUUCGGAAAAUUCUGUCCCCAUCGGACUGCGUGCAAGAGAUUAGUAUCAAUGAAUAUGCCGUUAAAUCAAGAUGGUACAGUUAUGUUUAAUGCAACAUUAUUUGCAUUAAUUCGUACAUCAUUAAAAAUAAAAACCGAAGGAAAUAUUGAUCAAGCUAAUGAAGAAUUACGUGCUGUUAUACGUAAAAUAUGGAAACGAACACCACAAAAAUUACUUGAUCAAAUAAUUCCACCACCUGGUUCUGAAGAUGAUGUAACUGUUGGCAAAUUUUAUGCAACAUUUCUUAUACAAGAUUAUUUUCGUCGAUUUAAAAAACGUAAAGAACAAGCAGCUAAACAAGUACAACUUGGUUUUGCUGGUGCAAGUAAAAAUUCAGUUGCAUUACAAGCUGGUUUAAGACAAUUACAUGAUUUGGGACCAGAAAUACGACGUGCUAUAUCAGGAGAUUUAGAUGAUGAAGCAACAUUUAAUAGAUUUUGGCGUGAAGAAGAACCACAACAUCGUCGAGAACAUACAUUAUUUGGUACAAUGAUUGAUGCAUUUACACGUGCUAUGCGUAAACCACAACAAGUACUGGGUUAUAUGCCUACUUUAACAGCUGCACCAGCAUUAUCACCACCACUACCUGGUACUCGUCUUCGACGUGAACCUGAUGGACCAGUAUCAAUAAAAUUAGAUGUUGAUCCUAAUUUACAUAUACCAUCACCAUUUCGUGUUGGAGCUAUUACAGCAGAUCGACGUGGUAUUGAACCUGAUAGUUAUGUAUUUCAAGUACCGGAACAUGAAGAAGGUCCAUUAGGACCAUUAACAUUAACAAGUCGUCGAGGAAAUAUUCGAAAAGAGAAUAGUUUUCGUUUUCGUGAACAAUCUGAAACAUCAAAUAUCGAACAUCAUGAACCAAAUUCUGGUCGUCGUCGUUCUAUAUUAGCACGUAUAUUUGCUAAACGUAAAACUGAUAGUCAAGAAUCAGCAUUAGUUAAAGGUUCAACAAGUACUGAAGAAUCAAAUCAACCACGAACAGCGACUGCUAAUCGUUCAUUAAUUGUUGAAAAUGGUGAUACCAUACGUAAUCAAACAAGAACACGACCAUAUUCAAUGCAAGCUAGAAGCAAAGAUGAUGUUGAAGAAUUAGUUAAUGCAUGUCUUGAUACAACUGGUAUUGAUCGUCGUUAUAGUGCAAUAAUAUUAGAAGAAUUACGUGAUUGUACAAAUUUAACUCAUGAUCAAUUACGACAAGCUGCACAUGAACUAACUACACAACUUAGCUCAAAUUCUCCACAAUAUGCAUCAUUUACAUCAUCAGUAUAUGAUUCAGCAACAACAAAUGUACCUUCAUCAGAUGAACAUCUUCAUGAUUCAUCUAAUUAUAAUAAUAAUGUGUGA